AUUUACGUACUCGACAGAUAAAAACCUGGUCCUAACUAUUUUUAAAAUAUUAUAACGUAUUUUUAAAUGCAACAAAAUACAAUCGGCUAUCUUUUAUAUUAUUUUGUAUUCUUAAGCAAAAAAUUUUAAAUAUCUAAUACAUUUUCGUAUUUGUUCUUCUACUUCUGUCUAGUUCGAAGGUGAAAAAUGUUGCGUUGUUCCAGCAGAAUUUAUGUUCUGACGAAUUGUUUCUCAAGAAACAGUGUUGUGAUUCAGGAAGCUUAUAAAGUUAGUUACAUACGAGGAUACUCUAGUGUAUCUAGUCAUAAUUCUAAAGAAAAAUACCAAUCAGUAGCCGAUUACUACGCUGGGAAGUCUUUGUUGGUUACUGGAGCCACGGGAUUUCUAGGAAAGGUUUAUAUUGAAAAACUCUUACAUUCAUGUAAGAAAAUAGACAAGAUUUACCUUCUUGUACGAGAGAAGAAGAAGGUUGACAUUAACAAGAGGAUAGAAUAUAUGUUGGACAAUCCGUUCUUCACAAGAUUGAAAAGAACCGACCCUGAAUGUUUCAAGAAGUUGGUCCCUAUCUCAGGAGAUAUACGAUUACCGAAAUUAGGACUCAAACCUGAAGAUGAACAGACACUGAUUGAUAAUGUAUCAGUAGUGUACCACGGUGCAGCAACAGUGAAGUUUGACGAACCUUUAUCGGUAGCCAUGAACAUCAACUUCGAAGGAACGAAGAAACUCCUUGAGCUCAGUCAGCGAAUGAAGAAUAUUGAGAUGUUUGUCUACAUAUCGACAGCUUUUACUCAUACACAUAAAAAGGUUCUAGUAGAGACUAUUUACCCGCCGCCAGCAAAAGUGGAAGAUGUUUACAAAUUCAUUGAGGAGUACGGAGACGAUGAGCAGGCCACUUUGAAGUUCAUGAAUGGUCAGCCUAACACAUAUACGUUUACAAAAGCAUUAUCUGAAGCUUAUUUAAGUAAGCAUCAUGGAAAUGUACCCGCUGUCAUCAUCAGACCGUCUAUAGUGUGUGCCACAUCAAAAGAACCACUUCGAGGUUGGCUGGAGAAUUGGUAUGGAGGCACUCCAUUCAUAAUGAAUGUUUCCAAAGGUUGGCUGAGAAUAGCACGUGGUGAUUAUAAAAAUGGACUUGAUCUAGUACCGGUAGACUACACGACUAACUUGAGUAUUAUUGCUGCUGCAAAGGCUAAGAGGACAAAAGACGUCCAAGUUUUUAAUUCGACUACAACAGCUGACAAUCCAUUAAGUUGGUCUGAUAUCAAGAACAAUUUUUCUGAAGAAAUAGUUCGUCAUGGAAAAAAUGAUCUCCCCUUCCCGGAUGUUUUAUUUGUUCAGUCUAGAACCGCCUUGGUAAUAGCAACGUUCUUCAUGCAGACUAUACCCGCACAUGUUCUUGACUUAUGGUUGAAAAUGAGUGGUAAAGAACCAAAGUACGUCAAAAUACUACACCAAGUAAUUCAGCUGAGAGAUGCUUAUGACUAUUUUACGAUCAACAGCUGGGUCAUGAGAUCUGAUAGGACGAGGGAGCUGCACUCCUCACUGUCUGCUGAGGAUCGAGAGGAGUUCCAAUGUGAUCCUACCCAGAUCAACUGGUCGGAGUAUUUGAAAGAUUACAGUCGAGGUGUCUUAAAGUAUUUAAAGCCCAGGGCUAUGUAAUAAUCAUACAUACAUACAUAUCGUCACGCCUUUAAUCCCUGAAGGGGUAGGUAGAGGUGCACAUUAUGGCAUGUAAUGCCACUGUACAAUGUACACCCACUUUUCACAAUUUAUGUUGUAAGUCCCAUGUAAUAGGUGGUGAGCCUAUUACCAUAUACCGGGCACAUUUCCAGACUCCAUGCUACCACUGAGAAAUUUUUGAAAAUCCAAAAAAAGUCCAGCAAUACUUUGUCUGACCCGGGAAUCGAACCCGAGACCUCUUGUCCGGCAGUCGCACUUGCGACCACUCGACCAACGAGGCAGUCUACAUAUGUAAUAAUCAGUUUAGUGUAUUACUAUUUAACGUGAUUAUUAUUUGUUUUAUACAAGAAUUGUUUGUUGUUAUAAGAAUUAUUCACUUGCUGUAUAAUAAAAUUGUUGAAAUCUGUUA